AAAUAACGUUGCUAGGUGCUACACCCUCUCUCCCUCCAACAACUAACUCUAUUUAUAGAUUACAUUAUAUCAAAUCAAAACAUAUUCCUUUUCUCCUAUAAAGUUUUUCACAACCAAAUUUCAUUGUAAAUCAAAAAUAAAAAUUGAAUUAGUUUUUUACAGAAGAAAAAAAAAAGAAUGAGAAGUAAAUUUCUAAGUUUACUGUUGCUCAUUACUUUGGCCUGCAUUGGAGUUUCCGCCAAGAAGCAUUCCUCAAGGCCUAGAUUGAGAAGAAAUGACUUUCCAGAAGAUUUCAUUUUUGGAUCUGCAACUUCUGCUUAUCAGUGUGAAGGUGCUGCUCAUGAAGAUGGUAGAGGUCCAAGUAUCUGGGACUCUUUCUCUGAAAAUUUCCCAGAAAAGAUAAUGGAUGGUAGUAAUGGGUCCAUUGCAGAUGAUUCUUACAACCUCUACAAGGAAGAUGUGAAUUUGCUGCAUCAAAUAGGCUUUGAUGCUUACCGAUUCUCGAUCUCAUGGUCCCGGAUUUUGCCUCGUGGGACUAUAAAGGGAGGAAUCAACCAGGCUGGAAUUGACUAUUACAACAACUUGAUUAAUCAACUUCUGUCUAAAGGGGUGAAGCCAUUUGUCACACUCUUUCACUGGGACUUACCAGAGGCACUCGAAGAUGCUUACGGUGGCUUCCUUGGAGAUGAAAUUGUGAAUGAUUUCCGAGACUAUGCAGAACUUUGUUUCCAGAAGUUUGGAGAUAGAGUGAAGCAGUGGACAACACUAAACGAGCCAUUUACAGUAGUACAUGAAGGUUAUAUAACAGGUCAAAAGGCACCUGGAAGAUGUUCCAAUUUCACUAAUCCUGAUUGCUUAGGUGGCGAUGCAGCCACCGAGCCUUACAUCGUCGGCCAUAACCUCCUCCUUGCUCAUGGAGUUGCCGUCAAAGUCUACAGGGAAAAGUACCAGGCAACUCAAAAUGGUGAAAUUGGUAUCGCCUUAAACACAGUAUGGCACUACCCUUAUUCAGAGUCAUAUGCUGACCGGUUAGCUGCUGCUCGAGCCACGGCCUUCACCUUUGACUACUUCUUGGAGCCAAUCGUCUACGGUAGAUAUCCAAUCGAAAUGGUCAGCCACGUAAAAGAUGGUCGUCUUCCUACAUUCACGCCAGAAGAGUCCGAAAUGCUCAAAGGAUCAUACGAUUUCAUAGGUAUAAACUAUUACUCAUCUUUUUAUGCAAAAGACGCUCCGUGCGCAACUGAAAACAUCACCAUGUCCACCGAUUCUUGCGUCAGCAUCGUAGGUGAGCGAAAUGGAGUGCCUAUCGGUCCAACGGCUGGAUCGGAUUGGCUUUUGAUUUAUCCCAAGGGUAUUCGUGAUCUCCUAUUACAUGCAAAAUUCAGAUACAAUGAUCCCGUCUUGUACAUAACAGAAAAUGGAGUGGAUGAAGCAAACAUUGGCAAAGUAUUUCUUAACGACGAUUUGAGAAUUGAUUACUAUGCUCAUCACCUUAAGAUGGUUAGCGAUGCUAUCUCAUCUUGCAUAAAAUGUAGGAUCGGGGUGAAUGUGAAGGGAUAUUUCGCGUGGUCAUUGAUGGAUAAUUUCGAAUGGUCGGAGGGAUACACGGUCCGGUUCGGACUAGUGUUUGUGGACUUUGAAGAUGGACGUAAGAGGUAUCUGAAGAAAUCAGCUAAGUGGUUUAGGAAGUUGUUGAAGGGAAAGCAUAAUGGGACGAAUCAGCAGGUGGCUGUUAUUUAAUAAAUCACGAGCCAUUGGUUUAUUGAAUCUACCAUUUGUUGUCUAUAUUAUACAACACGUACUGUUUCUUUUCCGAUGUACAUAAUAUAAACUUAUUAAAUAAGAGGUGGCUUUGUUUGGAUGUUACUAAAUAUAUUGGUAAAUCUCAGCG